AAAAAAAAACAUUAAAUAUUAAAAGUUCAACCGUUUGACUGUUUCCUGCUUCACACUUCCGUUUCCACGCAGCAACCCAAAGCUACAAUACAGAAACACAAAAAGCUCCACAGAGGGAAGUGACUGCAGGAGAUCAUGGCUGAAGUGGAGGAAACACUGAAGAGGAUUCAGGCACACAAAGGUGUUAUAGGGACAAUAGUCGUCAAUGCUGAAGGGAUUCCCAUUAGAACGACACUGGACAAUUCCACUACAGUGCAGUAUGCAGGCUUACUUCAUCAGCUUGCUAUGAAAGCGAGGAGUACAGUCCGAGACAUUGACCCUCAGAAUGACCUCACUUUUCUACGUAUCCGGUCUAAGAAACAUGAGAUCAUGGUGGCACCUGACAAAGACUAUCUUCUCAUAGUGAUUCAGAACCCAAGUGAAUAGGACUGAAGGACAGAGUCAGCAAACGCACACUGCAUCAUGAUUAUUCAUUAGUUUUUCCAUUACCUUCGUGGUUUAAUCUGCUUUCUGCACGUAAAAUUAAAUGUUAAGACCAUUUCUCUAAAACAUAUGUGUCCUUUUUAACUUACAAAAAUACAUUGUUUAAUGAAAUAAAAUGUC